CUAGUUAUAUUUUCUUUUUCUUUCAAGAUGGCUAUGUCAGGAGUUGGUUUGUGUGAUCAAGUUGUAAAAACAUACGACACCAAACUGAAAACAAAGCAUUUAUUAGACGCUCUAGUACUGUUAAUAAAUAAAGAAGAGAAGAGGCAAAUAGUGGCCGAACAUGAAUUUGAAGCUGGAGCCUUACCCUUUGAAGAACUAAAGAAAAUUCUGCCGGCGAAAGAACCAAGAUACGUUUUAUAUGAUUACAACUACACCACAGAAAAUGGACAAAAACAUAGUAAAAUCAUUCUUAUUUCGUGGAGUCCAGAUGAAGCUCCAAUGAAAGAAAAGAUGAUAUAUGCAUCCAGUAAAGAUGCUGUAAAAAAGAAAUUACAAGCUAUUAAAAUAGAAGUGCAAGCAAAUGACCUAGGUGAUUUAGAUGAGGCAGAUAUUGAAGCUAAAUUGAAAAAAAUUUAGGACUUAUAUUGACAGCAUUGUGUAUAAAACUUUCAAACAUAGCUCUAUGAAUCAUAACUUUACUGCUUAAACUUUGUGUCACUAACAAGUGGCAGUGCAGUUAUUCAAAUUGGUGCACUCAUUGACUGUUGCCAUGGAAAUGCCACUCUUUAAAGUACAUCAAGAACUAUCAGCUUAUCGUUUAUCCUGCUUCUGAUAGCUGAGUUUGUGUGGUUAAACAUUUGUGUCCGUUUGUUGCCAUGGAUUUCAAACUUUUUCCCCAGAGAACUUUAAAUAGUGAUGAAUAAAAAUUUUGCUUUGUUUAGAUUGUUCAUGGAUUUGUGUUACCAGAAGAAUUAAGACUUUAUUUAAACAUUGAAUUAUUUAAUGUUUGUUAUUUAAAUAUUGUAUUUCCUGUACAAUGAUUUUUAUAUGUGUGUUGAGAUUGUCAGUUUAAGAUAAUCUGAUGUGAACAGUAAUACAUCCUCCCACGGGAAAUGUGUGGUAUGAUCAGAUAGCCAUGAACAAUAGUAAAUAUAAACAAUCAAGGAAAUAGACUAGAUUUUUUCUACAAAUUUUGUAUAAAUGUCAAAAGUAUUAUAAAAUGCUGAACAAAGAAUUUAUUUUUCCCUCUCUUAUUUCUGUAACAUGUUUUUUAAUACAUGCUAAUCUUUGCUGGUGCAUUUAACGAAUUUAUAUGUUUGUUUUUUUUUAAUUUUGCACAAAUGAAUGAUUUUAAAUAACCACAAUAACAAUGUUAUAAUUGUUGAGAUUUGUUUGUACUUUGGCAACAGUCAGAUCCUGUUUCUGUCAGAAAUAAAUUGUUGAACAGGUCUUUUUAACUGAAGACCAAAGUUCCAGUAUUGUGAAUUAUAUAAAGUAGAAACGAUAGGGCCUCCCACCUCAUUAAUCUUUGAACUUUUAACACUGUCCAGCGAUGGAUAUUUGUAUGGCCUAAUGAGAAUUACUGUAUUUUCACAGAAUUAUAGUGCUUAAUUAUCAUAUCAUAAUAAUGUUUGGUACAUAAGUGGAAAGACUUUUAUAAGCAGGGUUGUAUCAUCUCAAUAGCCGUUAUCUAAGAAAAGAGGGAUCAAAUUUUGUUAGUUUUCAUGUUUUUAACAUGAAACAUUUGCCACUGGACAUUAAGUAAACAUCAAUCAAUCUGUUUUUCAGAGGGUUUGCUUGUACAAAUCAGCACAAGAAUAUUUGAUAAAACUUUAUAAUUAAAUUUUUACUUUUGUAAAAAGACCAUGCAAAAUUGAAACGUAAAGUUUUUCUAAAACAAAUCUUUAUUUAAAAUAAACUAUAAACGUGUUUUAUGUAUAAAAACCAAACAACAAUAAAUAUAAAGCUAGUCAUUAUCUGUAUGUGUACAAUCAAAAUAUAUGUGUUUGUAAGGACCCCCCACAAAGCCAAAGGUAGUAUAGAAAUAUCUCUAGAAAUGACACAACCCUGUGAUUAUGGAGCCUCUUGUUUGUAAUUUAUUUUUGAUAGAACGGAAGGAAGCAGGAUGCUAUAAUCUGUUUAACAAAUAAUGGGACAAUUAAUAAUCAAUAAAAUUUUUGAUACUUC